AUUGAUCCCAAACAGGGCAGCUUUUCGUUCCAAGGUCGUCUAUGGACACACACUGCGGCUUGCUUUGUUUUAACGUCUGAUACUGGAGAGGAGAGAAAUGCUGCUGCAGCACAACUGCAGAACCCUGGAAGGCCUCUCCACAGGCUGCUCGAGUGUCCUCAUGGCAUGGUGCAAUGCAGCAGAGUAGAUGAGAUGGAAGCCAGAAUGUCCUUUAUGACCUUGCCUUACAUGGGGUCUUGCUCUGUUGCCCAGGCUGGCCACAAACUCUUGGCUUCAAGCAGUCCUCCCACUUUGGUCUCCUGAGUAGCUGGGACUACAGUGUGGCCCAGGGAAGGCGAAAGAUUGGAUAUCUUUGCAUUAGAGAGACUCUGAAACAACAUGGAGAGAGAGAGAGAGAGAGUCAAGUUGUGCCAAUGUCCAGCAGAGUCCUGCAGUCUAGUCAUCUCAGCCAAGGUGCUAGAAAAGUGACUGAGCCAUCUUGACUGUCCAGUUUAGUGGAACCCUCAACUAACUGUGGCCCCAGCUGACAUCACACAAAGCAGAAGAACCACGCAGCUGAGCCUGUCAACUCACAGAAUUGUGAGAAAUAAUCAAAUGCAUCUAUUGUUGGGGUGAUCGGACCCAACACCAGAUUUUGGGGACGACGAAGUCUGGAAGAGUGAAAGGAAUGAGAAAAGACAGUUUGAGAGAGAAAGUGGGUCCAGGGGGCCAAUGCAAGUAUGGAGGCUGUGAAGUCCCCGAGCCCUGGAAGCCCAGACUGUUUAUUGGUGAUCAAACAAAGAAACAGGUGAUAAUACAUGCGUGGACCUGAUAAUCCCCAGGGAACAGUAUUUCUACCUGAAGUCCAGAAGUGUGGCUGAAAGAUAGCAGUGGCUGGUGGCCCUGGGAUCAGCCAAGGCUUGCCUGACUGACAGUAGGACCCAGAAGGAGAAAGAGUUUGCUGAAAACUUGAAAACCAAAAUGUCAGAAUUAAGACUCUGCUGUGACCUCCUUGUUCAGCAAGUAGAUAAAACAAAAGAAGUGACCACAACUGGUGUGUCCAAUUCUGAGGAGGGAAUUGAUGUGGGAACUUUGCUGAAAUCAACCUGUAAUACUUUUCUGAAGACCUUGGAAGAAUGCAUGCAGAUCGCAAAUGCAGCCUUCACCUCCGAGCUGCUCUACCGCACUCCACCAGGAUCACCGCAGCUGGCCAUGCUCAAGUCCAGCAAGAUGAAACAUCCUAUUAUACCAAUUCGUAAUUCAUUGGAAAGGCAAAUGGAGUUGAGCACUUGUGAAAAUGGAUCUUUAAAUAUGGAAAUAAAUGGUGAGGAAGAAAUCCUAAUGAAAAAUAAGAAUUCCUUUUAUUUGAAAUCUGCAGAGAUAGACUGCAGCACAUCAAGUGAGGAAAAUACAGAUGAUAAUGUAACAGUCCAAGGUGAAAUAAUGAAGGAAGAUGGAAUGGAAAACCUGAAAAAUCUUGACAGUAACUCGACUCAGUCUGGAUCAGACUCAAGUUGCUCUCCAGAGUGCCUCUGGGAGGAAGGCAAAGAAGUUAUCCCAACUUUCUUUAGUACCAUGAACACAAGCUUUAGUGACAUUGAACUUCUGGAAGACAGUGGCAUUCCCGCAGAAGCAUUCUUGGCAUCAUGUUAUGCUGUGGUUCCAGUAUUAGACAAACUUGGCCCUACAGUGUUUGCUCCUGUUAAGAUGGAUCUUGUUGGAAAUAUUAAGAAAGUAAAUCAGAAGUAUAUAACCAACAAAGAAGAGUUUACCACUCUCCAGAAGAUAGUGCUGCACGAAGUGGAGGUGGAUGUAGCCCAGGUUAGGAACUCAGCGACUGAAGCCCUCUUGUGGCUGAAGAGAGGUCUCAAAUUUUUGAAGGGAUUUUUGACAGAAGUGAAAAAUGGGGAAAAGGAUAUCCAGACAGCCCUGAAUAACGCAUAUGGUAAAACAUUGCGGCAACACAAUGGCUGGGUAUUUCGAGUGGUUUUUGCGUUAGCUUUAAGGUCAACUCUAUCCUAUGAAGAUUUUGUGGCUGUGUUAACCAUAAAGGAAGGUGACCACCAGAAAGAAGCUUUCAGUAUUGGGAUGCAGAGGGACCUCAGCCUUUACCUCCCUGCCAUGGAGAAGCAGCUGGCCAUACUGGACGCUUUAGAAGAGGUCCACAGGCUGGAAUCUGAUGAGGUGGUAUGAUGGCUGCUGGGCAGCACCUCCUAACUUCAGGGAAUAAAGUGCUAAAGUGCAAAAAAUAAAUAAAUAAAUAAAAUUUAAAAACAAUAAAAACCAUGAUUUCACAGCAUCAAUCAUGCCUUUUAUAUUCCAAACUUCAAGAAUUCAUCCUAUUAUAUUUUUAUUAUUUUACAUUCGGAAAUUACCCAAAGCAUUGAUCUAAAUCUACCAUGUGAUUAUAAAUUUCUUAAAAAGUCAUGAAGUCCUUCACAAAUUAUUCAUUUACUCAAGAUUAAGUGUUAUAUUGGCUAUUACAUUCUCUAAUAAAUCAUGUUAUCGAUUAUUUGUACAAAGGAUUUACACAUUUGACUAUGGUUUUUAGCUUGCUGCUUAUUAAAUCUUAAGCCCUUGGAAGAUGAAAUCUUAAAAAUGCUUGAGAUAAUAUAUUUUACAUGAAUUGAAUAAUUCAAAAACAACCAUAAAAGAAGCAAAUUCAAUUGUGUCUACUUGGAAUUGCUAAAUGAGUUCCAUCUAUGUGGUUUUUAAUUGUCCUCUAUCUUGUAACUUUUACCAGUGUUUCAUAACUAGAUGUUUUCCUUAAUUACUCUGACCCUACAAUGAGAAUAAAAAUAAGCUAGCACAAACAUACCCUGACACAAUUGUGCAGAAAACUCACCUUGGACUUUGCUAAUGCAUGCAAAGUAUAUCCCCAAGGCUUCUUUUUUUCUAGUCUCUUUUUUCCCAGGGGACAGCUCUGGAAGUGAUCAAUAGAUUGUCUCCCUCUGAAGGGUAUGGCUUGAGUUGAAAAAGUUUUCAACCAUAAAUAGGUAUUUAUUUUCUUUGUGCCUGGAGAAUAUAUGCUCAUUAAUUUUAAGAAAUUUCAGCAUUGUGAUUUAUUACAAUAAUAAUAGUAAUAAUACUGCUAAAAUUGGCAUCAUGUAUAUAUGAAGUACUUAACCGGGUUAUAACACCACAUUGUUAUGUAACAUGAAAAGUCAUUACUUAACAUUGAGUUCAUUAAAGCCACACACACAAAAUAUAAAUUACAAAGGAAAUGGGCAAGUACAUUCUCAAAAUAUGUAAAAUUUCAGCGCUUACUAUAUGGUUAGCACUAUGUCAAAUGCAUUAUGUGUUUUCACUCCUAAUCUUCAUGACAGCUUUGGAAAAUAGAUACUAUUAGUCUCCCCAUGUUAGAGGUAAAGAAAGUAGAGUCGGCUGGGUGCAGUGGCUCAUGCUUGUAAUCCCGGCACUUUGGGAGGCCAAGGCAGAUGGAUCACUUGAGGUCUGGAGUUUGAGACCAGCCUGACCAACAUGGCGAAACCCUGUCUCUACUAAAAAUACAAAAUUAGCCAGGCGUGGUGGUGCAUGCCUGUAAUCCCAGCUACUUGGGAGGCUGAGGCAGGAGAGUCACUUGAACCCGGGAGGCAGUGGUUGCAGUGAGCUGAGAUCGUGCCACACUCCACCCUGGGCAACAAGAGCGAAACUCUUCUAAAAAAAAAAAAAAAGAAAAGAAAAGAAAAAGAAAGUAGAGUCACAGAGACAUGGCAAGUUAGUGUCAAGAUCUGGACCCAGGCAGUCUGGCUCCAGUGCUAGAAGUCUUUACCAUUAAGCUAUGUUACUGCUUUGUGACACCACAGAAUCACAAAUACUAUGAUUCUGAACAAAUCACAGAAAAGAACCAGGGAAGAGAAAUUAGGGAACCCAGAAGAGAAAUCAAGGAUCAUUUAUUUCAGUUCUUCUUAAGAUACAUAAUCACUGUUUUCCCAAGCCCAUGGAUAAAACUAAUGUUGCAAAACAGUAUUGGUGGGCAGUGUCUAUGCCAUACCAGGAGAGGAGAGAGGGCAUUAGCUGUUAGACUUCAAAGGUUCUGGUCUGGCCAGUAAGAUCACAUUUGUUGGAGACGGAUGUAUCUUACCCAGAUAUAAUUCAAAGGUCAUCACCCAGCCACCUUCUGAUUAUUUUGUUUUCCACAUCAGUCUGUCGAAAGGGAGAGAAUGCUUUUAUUACAAAGGCAUGAUUGUUCUGAUACCUGAGACAGCAAUGUCCUUUUACAAAUUAAUAGACUGAUAUUUAUCUUUAUAUGCCCUGCCCCAAGAAUCUACCACACAACAUAUCCCCCUGGUCAUCCUGCAUUAGAUGUAAGGGGAAAGCUAGUGAGCACCACACCCCCCACAGUACUCAGAAGUCCCUCCCUUUCCCCAUCCUUUCACUGCACUUGGGCCAAACCACUGGUGCUUUAGAAUGGAGGGUUCCAGGAGUUUCCAUCGUCCCCCAAACAAAUUGACCCUUGGUGACCCACCCUUGCAUUCCCAACCCAUGUCCCCCAGCACUUCAGACCCUCCAAGUGUGUCAUUAGUUACAACAAAAAAUUCUCAAAACAACAAUGACAAUAAUUAUAUCAAAAUCCUGGAGUCACUGUGAUAAAGAAACUGAGGCUCAGAGAGUUUAGAUGACAAUCAAGGAGAGAGCUGAGCAGGAGCAAAUCCAAUCUCCUGCUUCUCUGCUCUAUGCUGCCCCCUGGUGGUGCACUGUCAAUAGCCCAGCUUCCAAAGGCACCUUGAGGAACAUGUUCUCUGUCCCCGUCCCUUCCAUUCUUUCUCUCCGAAGAAGAGAAAGGGAUAAACUACUGAUGCACAGAAAACUGCUGAUGCACAGAAUAACUUAGGAGUUGAGUCAGAAAGACGUGUUCUUGCCCAUAGUUCAAACCCGUUUUUCGAAAUAUUUUCAGAAAAGAUGACCCUGUCAUAAAUUCAAAUUUAACUAAAAUGCUGUGAUUGCAUUACAAGUAAAUUUAAAAGGUCCAUUUGUAUAUGACUUGAUAUUCUGAAAGAUGAGAAAAGUAUAGUAGCCUUUGGAACAUAUUGCUCUAAUGCCACUGGCAAAUUAUUUUUAGAGGACACCAUAGAACCUUAGCAUUCUACCUUUCUAGACUACAUAGUUUAUAUAUUUUAUUGACCUUCAGGUCUGUGAGAAGGACACAAAUAUUGGCAACAUUAUACUGCCAUAUAAAGGAUAUUGUUUCUAGACCAGCCUGGGCAACAUUGCGAGACCCCUUCUCUACAAAAUAAAUAAAUUUUUAAAAAGUUGGCCAGAUGCGGUGGCUCACGCCUGUAAUCCCAGCACUUUGGGAGGCCCAGGCAGGUGGAUCACCUGAGGCCAGGAGUUUGAGACCAGCCUGGCCAACAUGGUGAAACCCCAUUUCUAUUAAAAAUACAAAAAUUAGCCAGGUGUGGUGGUGCAUGCCUGUAUUCCCAGCUACUCGGGAGGCUGAGACAGGAGAAUUGCUUGGACCCAGGAGGAGGAGGUUGCAGUGAGCCAAGAUCAUGCCACUGCACUCCAGCCUGGGCAACAGAGUGAGACUCCAUCUCAAAACAAAACAAACAAACAAAAAACAUUCUUUUUAAAGUAUUUCAAAGGAAUCUUCUGUACUUGGUAUACGUUCUUUUCAUUUUCUUCUGACAUAUUCCUAAUAAUAUAUGUGCAUGUAACUGUCACGUAACAAGAUAGUAACAUGGAAUUGCUACUUUCAGUUUAUAGCCUCAGAAGCAGGUAUCCAAAAUUUCGUGUACAUCCACAUACAUUUACACAUAUAUACAUAUGUGUAUAUAUAAUUAUAUGUUGAUUACUAUAUUCUACUAAAUCUUAGAAAGGUAUGUGAAGAGAAAAACAUUCUGGUCAAAGCAAACUCACAUACUCAAGUUAAAAAUCAAGUGUAACCUUAUAAACCAUCUUUCUAAAUUCAUAAGCCAAAAAACAAAGUUUCAAUUUCCUGUUUCUUUUGUUUAAGAGAAAGAGGGCUCUGGUCACUUAAAAUUUUGCAAAAUCUGUUUCAAUCACAUUUCACAAGACACUUGCUGCGGCAGUGAAUUUGAACCCAGGAAUAAAUAGCAAUUCUGUAAACAUUAACUCUUUCUUGCAAUCUACAAUAUGGUCUCUAGACCAGCUGUUCUCCACAACAGGUGCAACAGAUGGUAUCAUUCUCCAGGUCUCACUUAGAGGCCUUUGUUGUGCCCUUUCUACCAGUGGGCAAAAAGUGAAUACUUACUUUGGUGAAUUGUAUCCCUCUUCUCAGAGGACAGAGGGCUUUAGUUUUGGCUCCCUUUCCAAUAGUCUGGUUGUUCACAGUGUAGUAACUAGGAAAUUUUCGGGUCAUGGUUCUGUCUGUUGGCUGUGAGAAGAAAGAACAGAUCAAACCUUUGCAGAGUUGGUUUGGAAUCUGUUGAGUUAUAUGCUGGGUUUGGUGGGUUUUUCUUUCAUAAAUUCAUCAAAGUAUGAAUUCCUCUGCUUUGGAAGUAGUGACAUCUUUAAUAUGGGAGAAGAGACAUUGUACUUGUUAAGUCAUGAUGUCUGCAGAAGGUUCUGAACAAAAUCUACUAAAGACAGUAAUGUUGAAAAUAGAUAAUGAAGGGACUUCAAUUUAGAAUGAUGGGAAAAUCCAGUUGCUUGCUUACAUUGUCCAAAUCAUGCAGGAAAAGAAAAGUGAGUGGAGGUUUAGAAAAGGAUAUAUACAAAUGUGAGCAUUUAGAAAACUGCUGAUCUUAAGUCUACAUAAUGAUUUAAAUUACUUCAAAUAUAUGAGUUGUUUUGAUAAUGCCAGAAAUGUAGGCAGUAAUCUAUUUUCUACUUCUAUUGCUUGUCAAUUAUAGCAGGAAGUCUUCAAGAUGUAAAUUACACAAAGAACUGUUCUUACCAUAAGCAGUACUAUACUUCAGUAGUUUACCAAAGGAGUAGACAGUGCAGGGACAUAUCAUAGAAUUUUAGCAUAGUUAAAACACCUCAGCAAGUUCACAGAAAUCCCUUAUACAACUUGCAUCAUGGAUGUUAAAGAGCUCUUCCCUAAGUGUUUUCAGUAAUAAGAGAAUCACCAUCUCAAAAGGCAAAUCAUUCUGUUUUCUAAUCAUUAGCCUGUUCAUUUUUAUUUUAAGGUUGGAAUCUAUCGCUUGUAACUUCAUCUCUUGGUCUGCUCUCUGAAGCUGUAAAAAUAAAAUUUUUCCUCUUCUGUC